GUGGGGCCGCUGCAGAAUGAGUUAAAUACUGCGUCUAACACAUGAGAACUACAAACUUUGGUUUGAGCAUCGUCUGCAGCAUCCCAGCCAAGUAAACAUGUCCCUGUUCAAGAAUUUGUUCAACAAGGUCAUACGUAAAAUAAAGCCAGACGAAGACACCGUCUUCGUAAAGGGUAAGCCGAAGCCUAAGUAUUAUGGAACAGUCGUCCCGUAUCCCAACUUCAACGCCAGCAGUGAUGCUUCCGCUCUUCAGAGCGCCAUUGAGAAAGACGAAGUGGAUAAGGAUGUGAUCAUCGCAGUCCUGGUGAAGAGGAGCAAUGACCAGAGACAGAAGAUCAAAGUAGUUUAUGAAGCGUCCACGGGCAAGAGUCUGGAAAAAGCUCUAAAGUCGGCUCUCAGGUCAGAUUUAGAGGACGUUUCUCUGGCUCUGCUCAUGGAUCCCCCUCACUUUGAUGCCUACCUGCUCAGGAAGGCCACAAAGGGUUUCGGCACACAUGAACACGUCCUUGUGGAGGUUCUGGCAACAAGAUCAAACCAAGAGAUUCGAGAGAUCAAGAGAGUCUUCAAAGAAGAGUACCAAGAGGAGCUGGAGGAAGUCAUUAAGGAGGAGACCAGCGGUGACUUCACCACGGCUCUUCUGGCCCUGUUGAAAGCACAAAAAGAUGAAAGUGUGGAAAUCGACCAUGAUCUGGCCCGAAAAGACGCAGAGAUUCUGUUUGAGGCCGGGGAGAACACCAAAGGAACCGAUGUUUCUGCCUUCAUCGACAUCCUGUCCAAACGCAGCGGGCCGCAGCUCACCAAGACAUUCCAGCACUACGCCGCUGUCAGUGACAUCUCAUUACCUAAAGCCCUGGAUUUGGAGCUGAAGGGAGACAUUGAAGAAUGUCUCAUUGACAUUGUAAAAUGUUCCUGGAACAAAGCCGCUGUCUUUGCUGAGAAGCUCCAUCUGGCUAUGAAGGGCCACGGCACAUGUGAGGACACUCUGAUCCGAGUGAUGGUGAGCCGCUCUGAGGUCGACCUAAAGAAGAUUAUUGAGGAAUACAGGGCCAUGUAUGACGUCAGCCUACAGGAGGCCAUUCUGAUGGACACUAAGGGACAUUAUGAGAGCGUCCUGCUCGGACUGUGUGGAGCUCACUGAAAUUCUUCGGGAAACCACUCUUCUGGAAAUGUAGACCAUUCUGUCCCCUGGAUUAUAAACACAUUUUACAUCUUUGAAAGUUAUGACGAAUACCGUGAUCAAUCUGUUUUAUUGAGUUGUUCCCACCAAAAAUAAAAAAACAUCUCAUGCA